AUGUCCGACGUCCCACCUACUGAACCCGUUCCACAGCCAGAAGAACAGCAUGCUCCAGCACCACAACAGGUUCCACCUCCACAAGGCUACCCACAGCAACCUCA